AAGUAAUUGACAACUCAGUAGGCACAAACAUCUCAUCGGCUUUGUUGGUCACACCACUGACUGUUAAAGGCUAAGAAGGGAAGAUGUCGUGGGCCAAACUGCUUUUUUUCCUGUUAGCUGGUUUCUACGCCCAGCUAACUGCUGGGGUAAUCCCUCCGGACCCCGAAUGUGGAGUCAGGAAAACCUGUUGGCCUUCUGAAUGUCCCACUGGCGGAUGUGAUCCAUUUUUGAUCAGUUGGUGGAACACCGAUUUGGACUAUAUACGCUUUGAGAUGAGGGUUGAAUACGUCAUACAAAGCGAACAUUAUAUAGCACUUGGAUUCUCAGAGGACAAUCGGAUGCCGGACAGCAGUAUUGUUAUGUGCCGAAGCAAUGCCAAUGUGGAGCUAGGAUACACACAGGGACGUUCAUACGUAUCUGGAACAGACGUGUACGGGAUUCGAAACGCAACAUUUUCAACUGCCGAUAACGUUACCACCUGCUCCUUUGACCGAAUCAAGAUUCCUAUUAGGAACCAGAAUCAGCUGAAAUAUCUAACCAACCCGUUCUUCAUCCUUCGUGCAUGGGGAUCCGUAACAGGUAAUGUACCCAACUAUCACGGUAAUGCCAACCGAGGAGUGUCACCUAAUUCCUUUUCCUAUCCUGUCCAAGUGGCCUCAGCACACAGGAUAAAGCCACUCGCUGCAACUUUCUGCGCCAGUCUCUUGGUCUUCUUGAUGUUCUAUAACACUAAGAAUGAUAGUGGAUUUUGAACACCAAAUUUCUACAAGAUGUUUAUCUACUAUUCUAGAGAAUAAUCACUAUUUGAUUAAGAAUAGGGGAAAAAACCUUGAUCAACUCGUAGCAAUAAACUCCACAGAAAGAUAAAAAAAAUAAUGAUUUCAUAGCGUUUCCGCCUGCUAGUUAACAGUGUGUAAUAUAGACAAUAUGCCACAGGGAGCAUUAAAUAUUUGAGAAAUGAUGUCACUUUGAUUCUGAUUAAAUAAUGAAUGUAAUAGCAUACUCCUAAAUCUGUUCAAUUUUCUGAUGCUUAAAAAGAGGGGGAAUGGUAAUCGAAGGUUAUGAUAUAUAAUGUAUCUAUAUGCUUGAAAACAAAAACACGUCUAUAGCCGAAAGUAACGUUCAUUAAGAGUUUCCUGUUUAACACAAUAAUUGACUAGUUAGAUAAACUGGUCGAAUUCAUAAUUAUCUUUUAAUUUAUGUAUAACCAUACUCGAUGUUAUAUUAAACAGUUAUUACAUAACAAUAACAGCAUUACGUUAGCAAAAGAGUCAUAAAAGGUAAACGGAAGAAGGAGGAUAGAAACAUAUUUUGCCCUACUUUUAUUGAAUUUUAGUUUGAAUUAUGAUGCUGUUUAUAUGUUAGUAUUUUUUGUAAUAUUGGUAGUACUAAAUUUGAAAAGAAAAAAAUUGAAAAAAAAUUAUCUGUGAAUUUUUACAUUUACAUUAGGAACGUCGAUAAUGGUCCACUAACACAGAUAAAGUUGUUAGGAUUUUUUGUUUGAAAUUGCAGGUCUAUCCUGAGUGGGUUAACUGAUAGCCAUAAGGUUUCUUCAUAUUGAACCUAUUUAUGGCUAUGAUGCAACAAAAACGCGAAAUUGAUGCUUAUACUACCGUCAUUAUAUAUAUUUGCUCUAAUAAACUCACAAUUCUAUUAACCGGAAUUUCUGCACUGUGAUUACUUUUGCAUGAGUAUAAUAAUAAAUAACAUAACCCUUUAACGUGAAACAUAUAACAUUGAUCCCAAAUCCGAAUAUAAAUCCAGUUAACACUUUGUGUACAGUGCAAUUUUAACCAUUGAGAGUCUCUAUAAACAUCCAGUCUGUACUGUAUUAGUGAAAUGACGCGAGGCUUAUCCCAAAUGUAAACAUUCGGAAAAAAUACCGAACCUUUCUAUAGACACCAUCAAUAUAUCCAUAAGUACAGCGUUAAACAUAUAUUAGUCCCAAUCUGCUGAGACGACAGUUACAGGAAAACAUACCACGUUCACUUACUGGUCAAUACCCGCUCACAACCAGUUAUGUGAUAGGCGAGACGACGGUCUUCAGGCAUUGUCCCUAAAAGUAGAUAAUUAACGUCACUUCAGAUGAAUAAUUCUUAUAAAAUUAAGGAAAAAGUAUUGCAAUUAAUGAAAUUUUAAUUCUACUCUGUGGUACACUGUUUACUAUUAAACCUUUGUUUUAAUAAUAACAGGUUGCGGUUUAUCAAACUUAUUGACAGUGUUAAAAGUAAGAAAACUCCAGGAAGCAGCACUCACCAUUUAUUUUUGACGCUACAUUUGGCAAUGUUUGGCGAAGUCAAUUCCACCUUUUUGUUUCAAUCUACGGAUGUGUUAUGUCAAAGCUGACGCUCUUUGCAAUGCUAAUUUAUAUACAUAUGGUAGUGUUGUCGUGAUUGACAGCUAUAGAUAGACUAGACGUUUUGUCAUAAAGCAUGAUAUCUACACCCGGACAUAUACACGGCGCAUUCAGAGCUGACUUCCAUCAUCAUUUAUGUUACAUAAUUACAUAUCAUAUACCAGUCGUUGAUAUUCAUAUAUAUAUAAAGAAAAAUAUGUAAAUGUAUACUAGAUUUAAAAGUUUAUCUUAUAUCAUGAGAAACGAGACAAUAGUUCAUACUUUCAAUACUAAUUUCAUCAAUAAAGUUACAUACUAUCAUUUGUUAUGAUUAUCCCAUCUAUCCUGCGUCUUUUUUUCUGAUUUAAUGUUUUAGUAGUAUGUUAGAAUACCUUAGCAUUACAACAUCUCUUUAAAUACAAUAUUUGUGUUAUAUUAUGAUCGAUUUUCUUAGUUUUUGUUAAUUUCGAUAAAUAUCUUAAUGUGUCAACAUUUUUAUCUUUCGGUAGUUCGUCAAAAAUAAAAGAAUAAAGAUAAACGUUUGAUAAUAGAAUCGUUAAUAAAUCCCCCAGGAGAAAAAUGGGCGUGGAUGGAGGAAAAGGGUUUGUGUUCUUAUUGAAUCUAUUUCCAUCAUUAUGAUGUUCGCUAUGGAAUAAUUUGUAUUUCAAAUAAUUUACAUCACAUUUUGCUUGGUACAGAAAUUGACAUGUAAACAGCAAACUUUGCAGAAAUGUGUUACUGAAUCAUAACAAAAGUUUGUUGAUUCACAGCAAAAGUAUAUUGAUUUUAAGAGUAUUCUAAAUCACGUGACUGUUUACAAGACGGUAGUCUCCCUUUGGUAUAACCAAUCCCUUUACAUUGUCAAUCUCAGAAUUAAGGUUAUAAUAAUACUAAUAAAACAAUAAAAAUAAUUGUAGCUGUC